AUGUUCAAGCCUAAUCCGGGUUUUGAGGCGAUCGACGCCUUUCUCUUCCCACCGGACGAGGAGGAAGUGCCGAAUCCGUUUCGCAAUGAGCAGCAUUCGUCCAGUCAAGCCGAGACGCAGACACCAGAACACGACGUCGCUGUGAUUACGGCGGCUGAUGAGCCGCUGCAUCACCUGCACAUAUCGUCUGUCGAGGCCACCAAGGAGCUCAUCUCCUGCCUGCAGGAAGAUGCGCUGAAGAGGUAUACGUGGCACAGCAAUGGGCUGCUGUGGACCGACUUCACCCGCUACACGUGUGGCUCGAUCGUACGCAGCUACAAGCUGCUCCUCUACGCGCGCCAUCCAGCGCUUACUGCCGUACGGAACACCUUGCAGGACUUCACGCUGGGCUACCUCGACGAAGAUGUUCAGAACAACACGUAUUUGAGGAAGGAGCAAUUUGAGCGGUUCAAGGAGAAGAUCUUCACCAAGGACAACUACGAUAAGGAAGUGCUGCGAGAACUGGUGGUCGUAAUCAUGAGCUCGUGGGGCGUGGCCGAAAGACCUGCCCAAAAGUUCGCGGAGGACUUCUUUGUCGAGCGCUUCGACUACGACAACGUCAUGCGCAAGCUGGCCCUCACGAGCAUGGGCAAACUCUACCUCCCUUUCUGGACGGCGGCCAUCGUGAGUCUGGGCGUGGUCACCUACGUGUAUAUGCAACGGUUAAUCCUCCAAUUGGCUGAAAGCUACUUCAUGCACGACAAGCUCGUGUUCUUCAAUCACGUUAACCCAGAUUACUACGGCCGGCUUGCGGUGGCGUGCCUGGAGACGUCAAUCUACGACUCGAGCACCUGGGAGGAAAAGCGUUCUCUGUUGGCAUUUAUCAUGGACACCCAGGUCUCUGAGCAUCGUUCAACUGCGCUGGCAAGCAGCGAGAAGCUGGUCCAAAGCUAUCUUCGGCGCUUUGACAAGGCCAAGAACGAGUACAACUCCACACCGUACUUCUUGGUUGAUCCUCUUGAGGUUGUAGGCGACGGCCCGGCGCUGGUCAUCUUUUCGCAUUUGGAUCUCUUUAGCCUGCUUCGAGUUGGUGCAGUGUGCAAGAACUGGCGAGUCAAGUCCCUUAACGAGGAGCUUUGGAACAAAGGGGCGGAAUACGGCGCAUCGACGGAGAUGGACGGAGCUUCGGAGGCCGUGCCCACCGUUCCUCGCUUCCCGCCAACGCACAGAGGCCGAGCCCUGCACGAGAUGCGUAAUGCUAUCUUGGUGCGAAAGAGCAUCUACUUCGAGGUCAAGCUCAAGUCGCUGUUGUGUGGCACGCCCUUCGACGAAGUGCGAAAGGACAUCAGCAUGCAGAGGAAGAAGAAGAUCAAGGUCCUUAUUCGCAAGGUUGGUGCCCUCAGCGAGAAGGCCGGUGUGUCCAAGGAGACCGGGCAGAAGAUGGAAAUGGAGGGCGAGAGGCUUGUGGACAAGUGGCUCUCGUGGGACCCUUGGAUCCUCCAAAUUCCUCCAUCUAUGAAGGGAAAGGAAGACAUCAUCACGGUCGUCUUCGCGUCUAAUGAGUUUGGCCACAUCAGCAUCGACUUUGUGCUCCGCGUUGAGGCGGCCACUGAAAUGAACAAGAUGACCAUGCCGGGCCUUCAAACCCUCUCCACGGGCCAUGUGCAGUUGGAUGACGUGCUACGGCACUGCCUCAAUUGGGACGGAGUGUGCCCACUUUUCGCCAAUGGUCCUCGCAUUCAGCCCAUCAUCUAUGUGGAGCCGUUCCUCCGAUUCAUCGAGACCAAUUUCUGGAGCAAGUGGUGGCGGAAAGGAGCAAGGAAGCUCACCCUCAACAACUAUCUCAACUUCACCUGGACCUAUGCUCCGCCGCCCGCAUCGUUGAACGACUCAGGUGCCGUACUUCUCCAAGACAUGAAAGAAUGGGCGCAGGAGAGGAAAGCGGCCGAGGAUCAGCGCGGGCGUCUUAGUGGGCGGAAGGCAAAGACGCUGCUCGUGGAGGCCGAGGAGGAUGGCAGCAAGGCCAAAACUCAGCAACCGGCUGUCAGACGAGAGAGCGAUGCGGAACUGAAAGCCAAGGCGGGAGGCGGAGUAGAGGCUCUCUUCAGCAUUACCGACAUUGUCGUCGACGCGCAAGAGAAAGAGGAACUGCGGAAGCUGCUGGCCGAGGAUGAGGGAGAAGAAGAAGAAUCCAAGGGCGACGCAGCACCGGUGGAGGCGACGAAAGACCGUGUGGCCGACGCGACAGCGCAAGGUAGUGAUGCCUCACCCACGGAUGAGGCGGUGAAGAGGAAGAUCGAUUGGCGGAAACAGGCUACACUGCAGUGUGGACAGAGUGCCGACGGCGAGGACGACCUGGCCGCUCUGAUGGAGCGGAACAAGGUCAAGGCCAAGGAGAUGGGCACCAACGUCGGUUCCGUCACCAACUCCAAGGGUCUUUUCGUCAUGGAACGGAUCGACUGGAUCGAGGAGCUGUUCGUCCUCCGGGCUGCCGGAAGCGGGAGGAACAUCAAGGUCAAUCUCAACGGCGAUCUCACGGUCUGCGACGAGCCGCCCUCUUCGCCCUCCAUGUCGACCUACGUCUCGACACAGAGUAGCGCGUCUACAUCAGCGUCGUUCCCGACUACGUCUCUGCGGGUGUCCUCGGCCACAUCGUCCUUGUCGCCACAACAACAGGCAUCGCGCUUCAUGCUGCCGCCCACGUCGCCCUCAUUCACAGAGUCCAUCACGUCGUUCUCGACGAGCAUCGCCUCCUCCCUGACCGCCACCUUCAACGAGACGCUGCCGCCGCUCAUCACUCCGUACUCGUCGAUCUACUUCUACUUCGACUCUGCGUACUCGUUCUUCGACGAGGAGCGGAUCUUCCGGCGGGAGCGACAGGACCGAAAGACGUUCGCCUUCAAGAGCUACUACACGGGCAAGUACCUCACGAUCGAGCCCGACGGGCGGGUGAGCGCCGCGUCCGACGACAUCGGGCCGCGCCAGAAGUUCCAAGUCAGCUACAAGUGA